UGUUGAGAAUCGUACCUUCCAGGACAUUCCGUCAUUCUGUUUUUCGUGAUAAUCAUUUUUACUAUUUGUAUGUUCCUUUUGUAUAGUUUCUUGUAUUAAAUGAUUAAAAAAUCAAUGUAAGAUUAUAUUUAACAAAGAAUUGACGUUAUCCAUUAUUGAAAGAUAUAUUAUUGUUAAAUGUAACAGUUGCAUAAAAAAAGUUUAACAUUAAUUUUGGAGCAUAUUGAAAAUUGAAAUAAUGUGGAAUAUUAAUGUAUAGAAAUAUAGUUGUAAAGUGUGUGUUAUUUCGAAAAAAUAGUUAUUACAAUAUUAAAUGUACUUAAAUUCACCCGUUAUGUCCACGGUUGCAUACGUUCCUGAAGCUAGUCGUCUGCUGUGACGCGGAACAAAAUGGCGGCAGCUAAUGAAGUGCCGGUAGAAAUUAACCAGAGUGGCAUGUGUACAACGGAAAAUCAGACUUCAAAAAUGGAAUCAAUGGAUGUUGGAGAAUCAGCUCCUGUACCAGCUACAAAUGCUAGUGUACCACCAUGCAAAGAAUCUGUAUCUGUUGAAGAUAUGACAUCCAGAGAUUAUUAUUUUGACUCUUAUGCUCAUUAUGGAAUUCAUGAAGAAAUGUUAAAGGAUGAAGUACGGACAAUGACAUACCGUAACUCCAUGUAUCACAAUAAACAUCUUUUUAAAGGAAAAACAGUUCUUGAUAUAGGUUGUGGUACAGGUAUAUUAUCCAUGUUUGCAGCAAAAGCCGGAGCUGCCAGAGUGAUUGGAAUAGAAUGUUCCAAUAUUGUUGAAUAUGCAGAAAAGAUAGUAGAAGCUAAUCAGCUUUCAAAUGUUAUAACAAUUUUGAAAGGCAAAGUUGAAGAAGUUUCUUUACCUGAUGGUAUAGAAAAAGUUGAUAUUAUUAUAUCUGAGUGGAUGGGUUAUUGUUUAUUUUAUGAAUCUAUGCUGGAUACGGUGCUUUUUGCUAGAGAUAAGUGGCUUCGUGAAGAUGGAAUGUUAUUUCCUGACAAAGCAACUUUAUUUAUAUGUGGCAUCGAAGAUAGACAAUAUAAAGAUGAAAAAAUAAAUUGGUGGGAUGAUGUGUACGGCUUUGAUAUGAGUAGUAUAAGGAAAGUAGCCAUUAGCGAACCGCUGGUGGAUAUUGUAGAUCCAAAACAAGUUGUUACAAAUGCAUGUCUUAUCAAAGAAGUUGAUCUAUAUACUGUAACAAAAGCAGAUUUAGAAUUUUCAUCACCAUUUACUCUUCAAGUUCGUAGAAAUGAUUAUGUUCAAGCACUAGUUACAUUCUUUAAUAUUGAAUUCACUAAGUGCCACAAACGGAUUGGCUUUAGUACAGCGCCUGAAGUGCAGUACACACACUGGAAGCAGACAGUGUUCUAUUUUGAUGAAUAUAUGACAGUGAAGAAAGGAGAAGAAAUAUAUGGUGUAUUUUCCAUGAAGCCCAAUGCAAGAAAUUAUAGAGAUCUGGAUUUCAGUAUUGAGUUGGACUUCAAAGGAGAUUUGUGCGAAAUUCAUGAAACAAAUACGUAUCGUAUGCGCUGAUAUCCGUGAGCUUCUAUAUCCUUCUUUUACUACAAUAGUUCUUCAGACUGUUUAGUGAAAUCUGAACUUAAAACCCUUUUAUUAUUACUGAAUUGUGCUAAUCAUCUACCAUAUUUAACAGUACGGUACAAGUACGGUAAAAUAUAUUUUACUCUUUUUUUACGACCAAUAAAAUCUAAUAAAAUGGUGUCAUUUUUACACAUUUGUAUGCUUUAUUUCUCUAUAAUAUUAUAAGAUAUAAGACGAUGAAUAGAUUUAUAUGUAGCAUUAUUUUUUACAUAAUACAUAUUCUUGUACCGUAUUAUCAAAAGUAUUUUUUAAAAAUGUGUUAAAAAUUUUGAGCUCUUACUGAAUAAUAUGUUACUAGAUAUUACUGUUACAAAUGCUUAUGUUUCUGAAAAUACUUAAAAAUUUCAAUCAUCCAAUAAGUCAAUAUACAAUGUACAUAGAAAGAAUAUUUCACUAAAAUAUUCUUCUGUUUUUCUUUUUAUUUUUUGCCAAGAUUGCCAUGCGUAUGUAUGACUUUCAUAUGAAUAAUAUUUAUGUGUAAUGAUUCAUCAGAAAAAAGCAUACAAACAUAUAAUCAGAUAGAAAAUGAAUUUUCAUGCAUAAUAAAAAACAAAAAAAAAUCUGUAUUAAAUAUUUUAUAGUAAGCAAACACAUAAAGACAAAGUGUAAUUCGUCUUUGUGAUAUUCAAUAAAUUAUAAUUGUGCGUGAAAAUUCUAACGUUCUAGUAUAGCCUUUGAAUUAUGUACUAAUAAUGAAAUUCCCUAAAUCAAAUUUUCUGUUUUUUGUUUAUUCCAUUUGUAUCACCAUUGUUUGGAUGCUUCCGUUUAAGUAAAUAAGUUACUCAAAAUGAGUAAACACUAAUAAUGUGGAAUUAAUAUAUUUAUUAAGUAUACGCGUCAAUAUACAAAACACGUGUCAUCAUUUUUAAUACAUUAAUAUUCAUCUCUUGAUUCAACUUAAUUUUUAAGAGAGAGAUAGAGAUGUCAUAUAUUACAUUACUUAUUACAAUAUUACUCAAUAUAAAGCAAUUUAGUGUUAAUACAAUUAAAAAUUUGUUUUAAUGUUUACUGCACUAUUAUGAAAGAUGAUAUAAUUUUAUAUUUUACAUUCUUUUAGUUAGAUAUUGGAACUAAAUCAAUGUAUAAAUUUCAUGUGCAAUGGUGUAAAUGAAAAUUUUUUCUAAUAUAAUUGAAGCGGAAGCAUGUUCUUAUCCUAUACUUAGUUAUGUCAUGUACAUAAUUAAAAGAGAUGAAAGAAAUAAUGAGCCCUAGAAAGGAAGUUUCUUUAUGACAAUUAUUAUAUAUUAAUAAAUUGUUAGUAUAUAUUUGCUAUAAAAGGAAUAUACUUUUACUAAUUUCAAUUUAACAUAGAAUGUCAUAUGUUUAAAUAUUUUUUACUUUUUACUUCAAAUAUCAAAAAGGUCAAUUUAUUUUACAAUAUGUGGUAUAUACUUAAAGAAAGAGAAAGAGACACAUGUAUGUUACUAUUUACAAAUAACAAUUCCUUUUUGCAUACAUAUUUCAUUUUAUAUGAUAAUCUUAUGGCCAAUCAUUGUUAAUUUUAUAUCUGUAAAAGGAAAAAAGAUAGUAAUUGCAUACAAUCAACAUUACACAUAUUCUACACUAUAUUAUUCAAAAUACUCAACAGUAUUCAACAUUAUUCAAAAUUUGUAUGGAUAAAAUAUAUUAUCACGUUGCAAGGCCUUUUAGACAAUUGGCUAAUUUCUGAGUUUUGUAGUCUGUCCUCAAUUGAAUGAAGUUAAGUAAAACUGAACGAUCAAGUACAGCCUAAAACGAUUAUAGAAAUGAUUAUAGAUUAUCUGUGAUAUGUAUUUUCUAAAAUAUUACAUAUAGUUAUAAAUAAGAAAGAGAUAUACCAAUUGAUCUCCUGAGCACACUUGUUUCAAAUUUUCUGGUUUUACUAAAAGUAAAUUGCAUAAUGCAUGCAAUGUAUCAAAUGAUGAUGUAACAACAUCAACGUCAAGUUCUUUAACACAUUUUCUAUAUUCAUUCAUAUCACAUAUUGCACACAUUGCACCAGCAGAAUUAAAUAGAAAUUGUUGUAAAUGAUCAUAAAUUACUUUAUGAAAUCGAACUCCAAGUUCUGUUAAAGCAGUUUCUAAAUUCUUCCCAUCUAGGGUAUUUCUAAUGUGACGUAUCAUUCCUGUUACAUAUUGCACUACUGUCAGACAAGCUGAAGUACUUAAAGUAUCUACAUCAGUAUCAGGUUUAAAAUCAGUUUUUUUCUGUUCAUUUUGUAAGUAAAUCUUAACCCAGCCAACAAUGGCACUUAUACUUCUUUCUAAACCUGUAUCUAGUUUCAUAUCAAUUUGAUCUAAUACAACUUUUUUCUUUAACAUACAA